AUGCAUGGUCAUUUCGAAGUCCUCCCACUGCACUGGAAUGGCCGACUCAUGCAGAUGUGGAAUCAACUGAUGGCUUCGUCCGACGAGAAAAUCCACGUCAUCGUAAGUACGGCAGCCCAAGAAGCCGUCCGCCAAGCCGCAGCUGUGGGUAUCGUCGCGGUCGCCAGCCAAACUUGGAUCGACCAAGUACCCAAGAUCAACUACCGCAGUGCCCGUGAGCAUCACGCCAACAUGCUCACGGGCACUGCGGUAGUUGAUCUUGGGUACUUGGUCACUACGGCCACUUGCAACCAACUUCUACCGCUGCAGCAGCUCGCCGUGGUCUGCUGCGAAUGGUUCGAUUCGUGUCACCUCACGCAGGAGGGCAACCUCCAGGAAAAGGCGUUCAAUAAUGACCCAUUUUUCGAGAUGCCGCGAUUGUUUUGCGUCGUUGUCGGAAGUACAGGGUGUCUUUUCCCCGUGACAAUCCGCGAAGACGAGACCGUCAGUGUACUCAAGGACAAAAUCGCGAUCAAAGCGAUGUACCAAUUCCCAGCCGACGAGAUGGAUCUCUUCAAGGCGAAGGAUGGUACCGGGUUCUCCUGCGAAGCCGCAGCAGCAGUGACCCUCGCCGACCUCCAAGACGUCCAACGCUUCGAGGCGAUGGGGCCAGCGCUCUCGAUCAAGAAAGCGUUUGGAGGCACAUUUCCACCGAACGAAGAAGAAGUCUACGUGUUCGCGGUCGCUCCUGAACAACCCGCCGCAAGCUCCGCGGCGUCGCUUGUCGAGAUCGAUGAGGGCGUAUGCAAGAAACACAAGAGAGACGAAGACGAGGGCUCCCUGUCGAUUUCAAAGCUGACGUUUCCGAAAAUCACAGAGUUGGGGUAUUCCAUGAAAGGGUGGAUGUUGCCGCCGGUGGACGGCGUCCCGCGGCAGAAUAUUCCAGACUUCGAAUGGAUGGACGGUGUGAAUGAGACCGACUCGAGGAACGUUCAAAGGUACAAGGACUACGUUGCGUAUAUGCUGCGGGACUUUCCGCAACUCAUGAUCACAACCACGGUUCACCUCGGCCUCAGCACCCCGUGGGCGAAUCCCGACGCAGACUCACGGGGGCCCCCGACUUUGGUGAUGGUGAUCGAGCUGAAAAAACAUGACACGCUGUCGGUCGCCAAUAUCGCUCAGACGGUGGGAUACUUGCUGGCAGCACAUACCCUCUUCGAUAAGCAAGCAUAUCGACCUACUCCCGUCGGCAUGGACCACCAGAAGCUGACCCGCGAGACUGCGUGGCAGUACAUUCGGAGGCAUUGCGAAUACGUCAACUCGGUCCUCUGA